AUGCGUCCAUCGUUGCGGAUUGGCCUGGCGUUGACCGCGUCGCUCAGUCAGGCUCAGGAUCUCACGCAGUACGUUCUGACAGAUACCGGCGACACCGGCGGAGGCAACACGUUCCCCGGCGUUAGCUUGCCGCUCGGCAUGGUAAAGUUAGGGCCUGACUUGUACACCGGGUCCGACAGCUACUCGGGCUACCAGGCGGAUGGCGAUUUCAUCGGUUUCAGCAUGCUCCAUGAGAGCGGCACUGGGGGUGCUCCCAAGUAUGGCGUGGUUUCUCAGAUGCCGGUUCUUGGCGACAUUGAGAAUCCUCUGAGUGACCAGAGCAUCAACCGAAGCGUGGCGGACGAGACAAGACUCGGCUACUACAAGUCGAGUCUAGUCAAUGGCAUCACCGUCGAGCUGGGAGCUACCGGGAGGGCUGGAAUGUUUCAAUAUGUGUUCCCCGAGGACAGUGGAGCAUCCAAUGUCAUCGUCGACGUUUCCCACGUCCUUCCCUCGUAUCGAGGCCAAGGCCUAGGACAGAGCUACCUUGGUGGAAAUAUAUCGGUCACGACUCUGGAAACUGGAGUUCGAUACGUUGGAUCAGGAUCAUAUGAUAAUGGCUGGAACCGUGCGCCGGAAUGGACAGUCUACUUCUGCGGAAACUUUGAGCAGAACGCGACAUUCAGGACUUUCCUUGGAGCGGACGCAGAGAAUGACACUCUAGUAGACUACAGCGACGCAACCAGCCAAGCGUCAGAGGUCCGGCUAGGCGCCGUCUUCACCUUUAACACGACGGAAGUUACCUCGAGGGUUGGCGUCUCGUUCAUCUCAGCAGACCAGGCUUGCCACAACGUCGACACGGAGAUCCCGGCCGGUACCAGUCGAGAGACGUUGGAGGACGACGUGAAGACGGCUUGGACUGACCAGGUGCUGUCUAAGGUCACGACCACGGACACGUCCAACACCACUAAACUCCAGCUGCUAUAUUCCUCCCUGUAUCAUCUGCUCCUGAUCCCGACUAACAAGACCGGGGAAAACCCGCUGUGGACAUCGAGCGAGCCUUACUACGAUGAUAUAUUUACCUUUUGGGAUCUUUUCCGGAGCGGGACGCCUCUCCUGCACAUUCUACAGCCUGUAGCAUACGAGGAGUUCAUCCGAUCUCUGAUCGACAUCUGGCGCUUUGAGGGAUUCAUGCCGGAUGCUCGCUCCUCGUUCUUCAACGGGGCGACGCAGGGCGGCUCUAACGUAGAUAACGUCCUCGCCGACGCCUACGUCAAGGGCGUCCGCGGCGCCGUUAACUGGACGGACGGGUUCUCGGCAAUGCUGACGGAUGCUGAGACGGUGCCGCCGAACAACAACGACUCGCGCGACACGUCCUCGUCGACGAAGGAGGGCCGCGGGGCGCUGCCCGACUGGAUCGAUCUCGGAUACAUCACGACCAAAUAUGGUCGCUCCGUGAGCCGAGCCAUCGAAUACGCCGGCAACGAUUUCGGUCUCUACCAAGUAGCCAGCGGCCUCGGCCUCGACUCUGAAGCAGAGAAAUACCUCAACCGCUCGCGGCAAUGGCGCAACCAGUGGAACCCCGACCUCACCGCGCUGAAUUUCACCGGAUUCCUCGGCCCGCGCGACGAGGACGGCGCCUGGGUCGACCAGGACCCACUCAGCUGCGGCGGCUGCUACUGGGGCGACGACUACUACGAGGCCCUGCCGAUGGAGUACUCGUUCAACGCGCAUCACGACAUGGCCACGCUGAUCGACUACAGCGGCGGCAGCGACGCCUUCAUUGCCCGCCUCGAGGCCAUGUUCGAGGGCGGGCUCAGCGACAGCAACUCGCAGUUCAACUACACGCUUUUCAACCCGGGCAACGAGCCGUCCUUCACGACACCGUACCUGUACAACUUUGUCGGGCGGCAGGACCUGAGCGUCAAGCACAGCCGCUUCGUCGCGGAUAGCUACUACAGCCCCACGCCGGCCGGCCUGCCGGGCAACUCGGACGCCGGCGCCAUGGAGAGCUGGCUGCUGUGGAACAUCAUCGGGCUGUACCCGAUCACGGGCCAAACCACCUUCCUCAUCGGGUCGCCGUGGUUCGCGGACCUGACGAUUGACCUGGGCGGCGGGAAGAGCCUUGUCGUCACCGCGACGGGCGGCGAUGAUGAGGGAGCUAUCUACGUGCAGUCGCUGCAGGUCAACGGCGCCGCCUGGGAUAAGGCGUGGGUGGCGUGGGAGGACGUCUUCGCGGACGGCGGGACGCUGGACUUCGUGCUGGGGUCUGAGCCGGCCGACUGGGCGACUGGAGAGGCGCCGCCGAGUCCGGCGACGAAGACGUCGUAA